UCUCCUCACUUGCAUCCCCACUUAUGAAACAGUGCUUCAGUGUACAGAUGGACACCACAGCUUCUUUUAUCCUUCUUUUGGACCAAUCUUUUUCCUUCUGACUUUUCUCCACCUCUAUCAUCUAGUUGGCUCUCUCAGUCUGUUCCAUAUCCCCCCUCGCUCUCUCUUUCUCUCUGUUGUUGUUAGUACUCCCCCGUCGCCCCACUUUAACUCAGCAUGGUGAACAGAUAACUGCUUAGCUGUUAAACAUGGGCUCCUGCCUCUGCAAAGGUCACCAAGAGCUUCAAGGUGGCCAGCAACACCCCAUGGAAGAGCUUCACUCUUACACUGAGGGACAGCCCAUUUUUAAGGAUAACCAUCAGUCCUAUAACGGGGCUAUGUCAGAUAAAAGGAGCAGCAGUGGGUAUGACAUUGGAGAACUAGCCACAUCUUCCCUGCUGGGACUGCUGGCAACCAUUAAGGACCACAUCACUAAGCCCACUGCGAUGGCUCAGGGCCGGGUCGCCCAUCUGAUUGAGUGGAAGAGUUGGGGAGGGGAGGCAUCUGGAGGAGGAUGGUGUGGCUGGAGCAGAGAUGGAGGGGGCAGGGGAGGUGUCGGAGCGGCACUGCAGGAGGACGAACAGCUCUACUCUCAUCUAACUGAUGAAAUCAAGGAAGCUCGAUUUGCUGCAGGCGUGGCAGAACAGUUUGCCCUGGCUGAAGCAGCGAUGAAUGCCUGGUCCACAGAGGACGUUGAAAGUCAAUUGACAACCAGCACAAUCCCAUUACAAGACCCCGAGGGCCUCUAUCUUUCUCAGUUCCUGUUGGAUGGAGGGAGUCUGGGUGUUCCUCAGCACUUAUACAGGAUGCAUAUGGAAGCUUAUGAUGAAACCAGCUCAUUGGCUCCUUCUCAGCCCCCAAAGUCUCAUUCCCCCAGUCGUUCCUAUUCUCCGAUGGACACACAACGUCCUAUACCACAGCACAGAAUCUCCCCGUCGGAAGGAAGCGUGCGACAUGCGGACAGUAUUUCUCUAUCUGAGGAUGAGGUGUUUUAUAACUGACCGCUGGUGAUGGGAAGGGUCAGCAUAUUGUCUAUUGUUUGUGUUUGGCGAUGCGAGAGAGAGACUGUAUGAAGUUACGCGCAACGAGGUUAUCGCUUUACCGUUAAACUACGUAAUAGCUGCCGUCGAGCGUCUUCAAACAAUGAAUGCAGGGAUCGAUGUACACAAGAUCAUGCUAAUUCCAUAUCACAUGACCUUUUCCCAGAUGAAACCCUCUCUGUUUCCAGUAAUGAUGAUUGGAUUUUAAGUAACAGGGUCACGCUAUUAACACAACUUGACAUUUACAGCACCCGUUCAGCACUGCUAGACCAUCAAAAAGAAGAGGAUCCCUAUUAGUGCUAUAGACUGAGGAUGAGAGAGACAAAAUUUACAGGCUUUCAUCUCCCAGAUAGAGCACAGACAUUUCUGCUAGUGUAUUUCUCCCAAGAGCAACUCAAUGAGGCUACAGGGUGAAUAGAAAUCUUUUGUAAGGACUUGGGAAGAUGGAAACGAUUUAUGCCUUUGAGUACAGCUGCAGUUAUUUCUUGGGACUGUGGGAUUUGAAAGAUUUUGCUGAAUGUUAUUAUAGAGACUUUGAGUGUAAAAUAUGUAACAAAUGUAUCAAAUGACCGGAUACACAGCUGCGGAAAAAAAUACAGUUCUAGAUGUAUUGUUGUCAUUCCAAUGUCUGAUGAAUUUCAACAAAAUCAAACCUCACGAGUGACAAAGUCAUCCAAAAGCAAUGUGAAAGACUGACAGCAUGACAAGACACAUGAAAACUGUGAGACAAAUCGAGGUUAUCACAUAUAAAAAUCGUUUUUUUACUUUUUCUAAAUACAUGUACAAAUAUUACUGUUGUAUUGCUUAAAAGUGAAGUGAAUAUGAACUUGUUUUCUUUGCUGUAUUUGAGGUCUAAAAAAAUACACAGCAUCUUUUCUGUUGUUUUGACCUGUUUCUCCACCUUUCAUUUUCUGCAAAUAAAUGCAAAUAGAAACAAUAUUUUUAUUUGAAAUUUGGGAGAAAUAUUUUUAGUAGUUCACAGAAUGAAACAAAAAUGAUAAUUUUACCUAAACAUACAGGCUACCUAGUAAACUCAGAAAAACUUGAAAUAAUUUUGAAAUGGUCUCUUAAUUUUUUUCGCAGCUGUAUAUUUGCUGAAGUGUGUAAUUUCAGUGCUACCAGUGUCACCAAAUAAAAAAACAAGGUUCCCGGACAAUGCCCUUGGUUGUAAAACAAUGGCCCGGCCUCAAACUAAUGUCGUUGGUUGAGCUGGUUGGAAAGCUCAUAGCCACAGUGUUUACACUUUUCAGCAAAAUCAACCUUCAAAAGGCAUACUUCUGUUUUUGUCUAAUCGAAGAAAGUAUUUUAACAUAAAAAAUGACACACUUCAGCUUUUAAAGGGGUGUGGUCACACUUGACACAGAUGUACACACUAUGUAGAAGUGAAACAAAAGUGUUACCUCAGCUGCCUUUGAGUAACUUGCCUUCAUGUUGUGGUAAUGAAUGUGUCAACCUGUCAUAUUUGUGAAAAGUCCUUUGUACGUGUAAAUUAUGAUUUCAU